UAUGUUAAUCCGAAACUAUAUGUUUAUAAUGUUAACAAGCACAAAUAGGAGCAUAAAACUAAGAAAUAAUUGUUAAAUUUUAAAACUAAUGUAUAACAUAUUAAUAAUGUAUAGAACGAAAAGAUGAAUAGCAUGCAUGGAUGUGACUUUACAUGUUCCGAAUGUUUACAAUAUCCUUAUUUCUGUACAAAAUGUAAAUCAUCUUAUAAUUUAAAUGAACUAAAUGUGCAAAUAGGCAAUAAUAUAAUAUCAAUGAAAAUAUGUUUAAAAAGUUGCGAAAGAGGUAAAUUUUUGAAUAAAAAUAUGAUAUGUGAACUAUGUAAUCCCAAAUGUGGUGAUUGUUAUUAAAAAAAUACAAAUUGUACGGCCUGUAAUAAUGCUUUUUUUCUAAUAAUAAAUGAUUAAAAUUAAGAAGGAAAUUGCUUAGAAAAUUGUCCUUUAGGCUUUUACGGAAACACAAUAAAUAAUAAAUGUGAAAAAUGUGAUAUUGCCUGUUUAGAAUGUUUUGGUGAAGGUUCAAAUCGAUGUUUUGUAUGUAGUUAAGAAGAAGGAUUAGUUGGAACUGAAUAAUGCCGCGAAUAGCGUUCAAAAUAUUAUAAAAUCGGUUAAUUUUCUUGUUUGAGAAGUUGUUGCGGUGACGGAAUAUUAGCUCAUGAAGGUAACGAAUAAUGUGAUGAUUAUAAUUUGAAUAAUUUAGAUGGAUGCAAUGAUUAAUGCUAAAUUGAAAAAGGAUGGUAUUGUAAGUAAAUCGAUGAUUAAAAAUAAUUAUUAUUGCCUUUAAUACCAUCUAAAUGCUUUACUAAAUGCAAAGAUGGGAAGAAGGUAGGACCUUAAUUUGGAGGAAAGGAAAUGUGCGACUCAGAAGAUAUAGGUUGUGAUGAAAAUUGUUAAAUUUUAGAAGGUUUUAAAUGUUUUGGAGGAUCUCCUAGUAGUAGAGAUUCUUGCGUUUUCUUAUGUGACCCAUUAACUUGCGAUAUGUGUAAAACUGUAUAUUAAAAAAACUAAGAAUCAGAUUCAUAAAUACCAUAAGAUAAAGGUAUCUGUAUAAAAUGUAAAAAUCAAUAAUUCCUUUUAUAUGAUAAUAAAUGCGUUUAGUAAUGUCCCGAAGGAUAUUUUGGAGAUUUAAUUUCUAAAUAUUGUGUUAAAUAGUGUAAUGAUGGCUUUUAUAAAAUAAAUCAAGUUUGUAUAGAUAAAUGUGAAGCAGAUUAAAUAAAAUUCCAAGAUAAAUGCUUAAAUUAAUGUGAAAAUGCUAAUGUGGAUUCUAUCUACUAGACUACUCGCGUUUUGUGGCUUGUCUAGAAUUAAAAUGCAGACUUUUUGGGAAAAGUUGGACUAUAAUAUGAAAAUAAUACUCGAUUUUCAAGUCGAAACCUUUAAGGGUUACUCAAGGUCCUUAAGGUUUAUGUGAACAUAAACAAAAUUGUUAAAAUUAUAGAAAUGUUACUUUUUAUUGCGAUUGUUAAAUACUAAGCAGUUAAGCCUUAAGAUUUUAAAGACGUCGAAACUCAAAUAAUAUAAAUAAAAGCAAAUUUUAAACUCGAUAAUCUAAAAAUUAUUGACAAGCCAACAAUUAUGAAACUUCCUAGAUUAAGAAACGAAGAGCCUGUAGAUAUAAACAUACUAAAAGAACCUUAUAAAUGUCUAAACUACAACGAAAAACAACCUGAAAAAUGGGAAAAUAUAAACUGUGUUUUCGAACAAGAAACUCUUUAUUAUAUUAUUUGUAAAUGUUAAAUCUUAGAAGGUUAUUUUGUUGCUAUGGAUAUAGAAGAAAAACAAGGAAGUGUUUCUUCUAAAGAAAAAUUAAAGGCUGAUAAUAAUAUGAAAAAAUAAAAUUGA